AAAAACAGCUGCGGUGCAGUGAGCGAGAACUAUUUCGAAAUUAUUUUAUUUUUGUUAUAAUUACAAUUAAUUUUGAUUGCAUAUACAAAAAAGAGGAAUCGCACUUAAAGUUAUGCUAAAAUUUGGAAGAUACAUUCGUCUUCCGCCGAAUUACAAUUUCGUCAUAAAUAAUUUUUCAAACAUAAGAUGUAUUUCCCAACCUCUUAAUAAUGAGAAGUAUACAUCAAAGUCUCAAUCAACAACAAUAAUAACUAAUAACAAAAUUCUUCAAAAAUUUGAUGAAACCCUCUUAAUUUUUAAGAAAUUGUUUCAAAUUUCUGAUAUCGAAAUCAAGCACUUGAGAUUUACCGCUUGGCCUUUAGUAAAAAAUAAUAUACUAAAAUUUAGCUCAUCGGAUAGAGAGCAAAGAAAACAAGAUAAAUCACAAAAAGAUGAUGGAGGUAGCUCUGGAUCAGAAGGUCAAGGGGGAAAUAACAAAAAUAAUGACGAUGAAAAACUUAAAGCUGUUAUCACGAAAAUAGGGCUUUGGUUUUUAGGUUUUUAUAUGUUUUCUUCACUAAUAACUAUAUUAUUUUCUGGUAGAGAAAAUCCGGAAACAACAACUAGAUAUGUUUCUUGGAAUGAAUUUAUCCAUCACAUGUUAGCAGCAGGUGAAGUUAAAGAAUUGAUAAUUCGGCCUGAUAUGGAUAUGGUUACAAUAAUUUUACAUGAUGGUGCAAUAAUAAAAGGAAGGAGAGUUGAAUCAAAUAUAUUUCAUAUGGCAAUAGCGGACGCCAGCAAAUUCGAACAAAAAUUGAGAGAUGUAGAAAAAAAAUUAGGAAUAAAAGAAGAAAUUUCAAUUACAUAUGAUAGACAAAGUGAUAUAACGUCCAGGUUAAUUACAUUGGCUAUAAUCUUUAUAAUAUUUAUGACAAUAAUUUCACGACUGAGAGGGUUUAAAAGUCCUAUUAGUAUGGACACGUUUUCUCAAAUGUCCCGCGCAAAAUUUACAUUGGUUGACCCUUUCGAUGGAGGCGGCAAAGGAGUUUUAUUUAAAGAUGUUGCUGGUUUAAAGGAAGCUAAACAAGAAGUCAUGGAGUUUGUAGAUUAUUUAAAACAUCCCGAUAAGUAUCAAAGACUUGGAGCAAAAGUUCCAAAAGGAGCAUUACUUCUUGGACCCCCAGGUUGCGGUAAAACACUUUUAGCAAAAGCAGUUGCAACUGAAGCACAAGUUCCAUUUCUAAGUAUGAAUGGUUCGGAAUUUAUUGAAAUGAUUGGGGGACUAGGCGCAGCUAGGGUACGUGAUUUGUUUAAAGAAGCAAAAAAGCGUUCACCUUGCAUAAUUUACAUUGAUGAAAUUGAUGCGAUAGGUCGGCAACGUUCUGAUGUAGGAAAUGUUAACCAAACAAGUUCAGGUGAAUCUGAGCAAACAUUGAAUCAACUCUUAGUUGAAAUGGAUGGAAUGGCGUCAAAGCAAGGUGUGCUUAUGUUAGCGAGUACUAACAGGGCUGAUAUAUUAGAUAAAGCAUUAUUACGACCAGGGCGUUUCGAUAGACACAUUUUAAUUGAUUUGCCAACAUUUCAAGAGCGGCAAGAAAUAUUUGAAAAACAUUUGUCCGGAAUUGUAUUAGAAAAUGAUCCCAGUAAUUAUUCAAAACGUUUAGCUAGAUUGACACCCGGAUUUUCAGGCGCGGAUAUUGCAAAUGUUUGCAACGAGGCUGCCUUGCAUGCUGCUAGAAAUUCUAACAAAAUUGUAAAAGUUGGCGAUUUGGAAUAUGCUGUUGAAAGAUUGGUAGGUGGAACAGAAAAACGUUCCCAUGCUUUGAGUCCUAUUGAAAGAAAAACCAUAGCAUAUCACGAAUCGGGGCAUGCACUUGUGGGUUGGUUGUUACCUAAUUCAGAUAUAUUGCUCAAAGUGACAAUAGUUCCAAGAACAAGCUUAGCUUUGGGAUUCGCACAGUAUACACCCCACGAACAGAAAUUAUUUUCAAAAGAACAACUUUUUGAUAAAAUGUGUAUGGCUCUAGGUGGAAGAGCAGCUGAAAAUAUAACUUUUAAUAAAAUAACUACAGGUGCCCAAAAUGAUUUAGAAAAAGUGACCAAAAUUGCAUAUUCACAAAUAAAAAACUUUGGUAUGAAUGAUACUAUAGGUCCAGUGUAUAUCAACGACAAUCCCGAAGGUUCAAUGGCAACCGAAAAACCCUACUCCAAGGCUCUUGAAAAUUUGAUAGAUAUUGAAGCGCGAAAACUAAUAACUGCUGCAUACCAGAAGGCAGAAAACAUCCUUAUUCAAAACAAGGAUAAAUUGGAAAAGUUAGCGGAAGCGUUGUUAGCUAAAGAAACUUUAAAUUAUGAUGAAGUUGUGUCUUUAAUUGGCCCGCCACCAUACGAUUCCGCAAAGAGGCAAAUAGAUCCCGUGGAAUUUGAAGAUAGUUUGAAAAAUUUGUCAUCUAAACAGGAAAGUUGAAAUUGAAGCUUUAAAGUUUUACAAAACUGAUUUCAUAUAAAAAAAAAAUAAUGUUAAAUUUGUUGUAAUUUCCUAAGAUAUUAAUAAGAUUUUUAAAAUAUUAUUUUAAAACAUU